AUGGAGCGGGUGCUUACCACGCUGAUGGACCUGGUGGUGCCGCCGGCGAGCAUGGUGAUGCUGGCCUUCGCCUGGCCCACGCUCUCCUUCCUGCGCGCCCUCGAGUGGGCCAUGAAGGCGCUCACCAAGGAGGACAUGCGCGGCAAGGUCGUCCUCGUCACCGGCGCCUCCUCCGCCAUCGGCGAGCAAGUGGCGUACGAGUACGCGCGGCGGGGCGCGAACCUGGUGCUGGUGGCGCGGAGGGAGCACCGGCUUUUCGCGGUCCGCGAGAACGCGCGCGCCCUGGGCGCCAGCCACGUGCUCGUCGUCGCCGCCGACGUCGUCCGCGAGGACUACUGCGGCCGCCUCGUCGCCGACACCAUCGGCUACUUCGGCCAGCUGGAUCAUCUGGUGAACACGGUGAGCCUGGGCCACGACUUCCUCUUCGAGGAGGCCGGCGACACGGCGGCGUUCCCUCACCUCAUGGACAUCAACUUCUGGGGGAACGUGUACCCGACGCACGCCGCGCUGCCGUACCUGCGCCAGAGCCACGGCCGCGUCGUCGUCAACGCCUCCGUCGACACCUGGCUGCCCAUGCCCCGGAUGAGCCUCUACUCCGCGGCGAAGGCGGCGGUGAUCGACUUCUACGAGACGCUGCGGUACGAGGUGAAGGACGAGGUGGGGAUCACGGUCGCCACGCACGGCUGGGUCGGCCGCGAGCCCGGCGCCGGCACCGGCAUCGGCACCAGCAGGUUCGCGCUCGAGGAAGGCGCGGGGGUGGCGGACCAGACGCAGACGCAGGCGCAGGCGCAGCAGUGGACCAAGGCGGACACGGCGCCGCCGCUGCCGGCGCCGGGAGGGCAGGCGGUGGAGGCGUACGCGCGGGCGGUGGUGGACGGCGCGUGCCGCGGGGACGCGCGGGUGCGGCGGCCGGGCUGGUACGACGUGUUCCACGUCUUCCGCGCCUUCGCGCCCGACGUGCUCGGCUGGACCUUCCGCCUGCUGCUGUCGACCGCGCCCGCUCCGCCGACGGUGGCCGGCAGCGGGCGCCGUGCGCUCGUCGUUGCCCCUGUGGGCGCGCCGGCCGCCGCGCUGCCGGCCCCGCCCGUCCGCCCGCUGAUCGAGUACCCGGCCGCGGCGGCUGGUCGGAGGCCCGCGGCGGCGCAGCUGCACAAGCUAGAGUGA